AUGCCAGGAGGAGUUUUCUCCGAAACACUUCAAUCAAUCACUACCACGAAGCUUAAGGAGCUUUCUAAAAAGCGCAAUCAUUUCGAGAACCAAAAAGAAGCUUUAUCCUUCAAAUUAAGCAAUGAACUUGAUCAGCGAAAGAAACUUCAAUUGUUGCUCCAUGGUGUGAAGCAAAGCUUUGCAGUUACUACAUCAAUUACGAACAAAAGUGCAAGCGACAAUGUCACCAAAUUGUCUUCCAUUGAGCUUCUCGUCAAAAACCUGGAAAAGUUCCUUGCCCAAGCUGAAUAUGACCCAUCAAUCUCUGACAGAACCCUCAAGCAGUGGGAACAAAAUCUCAUGCAGCACUUGAAUAUCCAAUCAUCAAAACAUCAAUAUGCGACUUUAUAUGGUGAAUUGGUUACUGAAUGGCUUUCUGCAGAGCAGCAGCAGCAAGCUGAUAAUAUCUUUAACAGUUCCUCAGAAACUGAUGAAGACUUCCAGAAAAUCAAGAAGGAGACCGUUGCGAGGACUGAGGGACGAGCAAAUUGGGAAAAACUGGUCUUUGAGCCAUUUGAAACCGAUCAGAUUGCGAUAAGAUCAUACUUGAGUAGUUUGUUUGGAAUGGAUGAGAAGAACGAACAAGCCAAGAAAGCAUUGAAUGCUUUGCGCAAACAAGUCGCGGCAUUUGGAAAUGAUUUAUCUUCUCCAGGGCAAUUUAACCCCGCAGUUUUGCAUUGGACGAUUAAUGGACUCAUCUCUUCUGGUCUAUUGUCUGACGAAAAGCGUGCAGCAUUGAAAGACUUCUUGGCAAGCCCGGUCAUUCUUACAGAAGUAGCAGACGUCCUCAACAUGCGCCUUGUAUCAAUCGAUACCUGGGAGUGGAAUACUGACCUCGCUGUUGAGCAAAGACGACAUUUGAACGGCACGCACCAUAUGUUUAUCGACGAAGAUCUCCUCGAAGCAUUAUUCCUUCAAUACAUUGGUGUCAAAUGGUCAAUUUUCUUCAAGAAAGCCUUUACAGAUUUCUCCAAUUUUGAUGGAGCAUGGUUGAAAUUGAACAAGCCUAUUCCUUUUAUCGACCAGACGAGAAGAGAUUAUUAUAUUGGAAAUCAAUCUGGCUAUCCGGGAAGUGUUCAGGGAAAAAGGGAAAAAUUGUACAAAUCUAUCUAUUUCAUGUCUCAGCUUCCAGACUCGGAAUUGGAUGACCAAGCUGAUGCGGAUGGAGCCGAAGAAGCUGAGCAUCAGAACAUCGAAAAGAACCAUAGCCUUAGACAACCCGCACAGAAAAUGCCAAUGCAGCUACAGACGAUCCUCAAUAGCUACAACCCGGCUUGCAGCAACUCAGAUACAGCACAGCAAUAUUCACAGAAGACGAGAGAUUUGGCGCCAAGUAAUCGAAAUGCUCCAAGUGUCGAAGUCGAUACCCUUUUUAAUGAUGAUUCUGCGAAUUCCGACAAACCGCCAAAAACUCGUAUGGAGAUCAAACAAUUCUUACUACAUCUGCUCUCUACUGAGAUUAUCAUCAAUACAAGCCUUCACGGAGAAUUUACUUGUGCUCGUUCCGAAUUCGAAUCAUUUAGUCCAUCAUUACCGCAUUCUACAAUUUUUUGUGUUUUCGAGUUUUUUGGACUUUCAGAAAAAUGGUUGAGGUUCUUCCAAAAAUUUCUUGAAGCUCCACUUAAAUUUACGGAUGAUGAUAUAUCUGCAGAGGCUCGCAUCCGAAAGCGUGGAGUUCCCGCAGCUCAUGCUUUAUCUGCUGUUUUUGGAGAAACAAUUCUUUUCUGCCUCGACUACACUGUCAAUCAGAGCACAGAUGGAGCUCAGCUCUAUAGGAUGCAUGACGACUUUUGGAUUUGGUCGCCUUCCCAACAGACUGUCGUCGAAGGGUGGAGAUCAAUUCUUAAGUUCUCCGAAAUCAUGGGAGUUACCCUUAACAAAGGUAAAACAGGCUCGGUACGCAUCGCGUCCAGCGAGACCAAUAAACCUAUUGACCCCUCUCUUCCUACUGGUGAUAUCCGCUGGGGUUUUCUCAAACUGGAUCCUACCACUGGACAUUUUACCAUUGAUCAAUCCAUGGUAGAUGAACACGUCUUAGAACUUCAAUCCCAACUUGGGGACAAAAAGAGUGUUUUUUCCUGGAUUCAAGCAUGGAACACUUAUGCUGGUCGUUUCUUUACCUCCAAUUUUGGAAAACCAUCGAAUUCAUUCGGGCGUGCACAUGUUGAUGCCAUGCUCUCUAGUUUUAAACAUAUUCAAAACCUCAUAUUCGCAAAUACAAAUGUGGUUUCAUAUCUCAAAGAUACAUUGAAGGCGAGAUUUGGAAUUGAUGAUGUCCCUGACGGAUACCUUUAUUUCCCAACUAGCCUUGGCGGUCUUGAGUUGCACAACCCUUUUAUCGGACUCCUACAAUUACGCAACGGGGUGUACGAAGAACCAGGGAAAUUAAUGAGCGACUUGUUCGAGGCCGAACAUGAUUCGUACAGAAAUGCCAAAAAAGCGUUUGAAAACAAAUCUCCUCAGGUCAGAAUAUUAAUGGCUCAGCGGUACCAGAAAAAUUUAGACAACCUCGACCCGGAAAAUUUCAUGCCUUUUGACGAAUUCAUCAGCUACAGAGAAGAAGUAAGCGUCAGUGGGAAAGUAUCUCUACUCGAGGUCUAUGAGAACCUGCUUAAACAACCGGGCAAAGAAACGGCAGGUUGGGAUGAAUGGGAUAUGGUGUUGGCAAAAGCAAUCGAGGGUGGUUUUGCCUCAGCAUUUGAGGGUAUGGAUGUGGGAUAUUGGAAAUGGGUUAUUAAGCUUUAUGGAGAAGAAAUGAGAGAGAAAUUUGGAGGCUUGGCUGUGGUGGAUAAGGGGUCGUUGCCUACUGGAAUGGUUAAUUUGGUGAGAAGUGGAAAGGUGAAAUGGCAGGGUUAG